AUGGUCGCCACACGUUUCAAAACUUAUCAGUCGAGUGUUUCGUCUUCCAUCCACAAUUCUUAUGCUUCCAGCGUUUCAGAUUCUAUGGCUCCCUCACCACCAAAAACUGCAACUUCUUCGAAGGGCAAAUGCUACAAAGGAAUCCCAACGAAACAUUCAUAUAAGAAAAUUCGCAGGUCUGUUCCACCUACUAAGGAAGGUCAACACUGUCCAGUACCCAUCUCUGUCCAUUGCUCACAUGCAGGGCGAUCUUCUAAACUAGUAUCUCCUCUUACUAUCAAAAGGGAAGUCCUUGAGUUUUCUCCACCACACACAUCCCGUCCGUCUGCGUCCUCCUCUAUGUCAGAACCUAGGGUUUUCGUUGAGACAGUGGUAUUAGAUUCUGAUUCCUCUGACAGUGAAGACAAUGUGGUGUUGUCAACCCUUCUUCAUUGCAAGGUAGGGUUUCGUUCUUGUCAAUCCCCACCAAGGGAAGCAUCUCCUCCUAAGGAGGAUCUAUCUCGGCCUACUGACCAUGGUCAGUCUUUCGCUGCUUCGUCAUCACCUCAUGCUUCCCCACAAGCUUCUCUUCCAAAUAAUGAAGACGAUGCACGUGACGAAACUGACGAAGAUUAUGUACCUGGAACUGAAGAAAUGACUGUACCCGAGGACUCUUUGACAUUUACUGAGGAUCCUAGUGUAUCCCAUCAUACUCGAACGUCGAAACCUAGUUCAACUGAAGGCUCGAGUGAAUUCUCCACUCCGAUGUCACCGCAUGGGCAUGUCGGUUCUUCCUCUUGUCCGCGUCGUCCUCCUGUCAGAGGACAACGUGUCAUCUCAACCCAGGCAGGACGAAGGAAGAUACCCCCAAAUGUACCCUCUAUGCCAAUUGACUGUGUGUCUUUUCACUCUGAGAAGGGAGCACACAAAUGGAAGCAUGUGGUUAAGUGGCGGAUUGCUGAUGAAGCUAAUAGUUUUUACCAGUACAACUCAUGUCCUGUCGUUCUUGAUUUAAUCUGCAAUGAUGGGCUUCAUCGGACUGUUUCUGUGGUUGGUCCUUCCGACUUCAAUGAUUCAAGUGCUGAAAAGUAUCAGAAGGUGCUUAUUCAGGUGUCUAUUUUAAUGUCUCCAGACUUACUGAAUACUUUUUUGGGCAACGCACUGUCGGCUGACUACGUUGUCUCAUAUCCUACUCCUAAACGUCUGGUUGAGGAGCUUACCGGUGGAACUUUUCCUGUCUGGCCGGUUGAUGGGCAGUUACCGAUUGCUUUGUUGACUGUAAAAUAUGCGAUCAUCCACCGGAUUGGUAUCUCGAACUGGAUUCCCUCUACUCAUGCAUCUACCAUCUCGACUUCUUUAGGACUUUUUGUCUACCUUAUGGGCACUGGAGUUAAGGUGAAUGUUUGUGAAUUCAUCUUUAAUCACUUACUGCGCCACGUUGAUACGUUUUCCAUUCAUAUUCCCAUCUGUUUCCCAAGAACACUGAGUGGUUUUCUCCUGGCUCAACAACCGACCAUAUUGACCCCAUUAGAUACUAUUGGCACAGCUCCAUAUAUUAUACCUCUUAGUAUGCGACUCUUUCAAGGGUCCCACAUUCAAGAUGUUGAUGCUGCAUUUGAGAAUGCACCUGGGGGGACUAGUGUUGUUGCUGCUACAAAUCCAAUUGUUGGUCAACCUCUGGUUCUCUCUGUUUCAUUGGUCAAUCGUCUGCUGCAAGCGUUAAUGGCUGAAUCUCGAUCUCUGACUUGCCAAAUCAGUGAACUGUCUGAUAGGCGCACUGUUUUGGAUGUAAUUCUUUGUGAUUUUAGGCGUGCAGCAUCAGGGUCUUCUACUCCUUCGUCUGAUCAGUAG